UAUCUUAAGUGAAUUGUGUUUGCUCAGGUGAUAAAUUCCCGAACAUCUUUAGUACAAGCUGUGAUAAAAUGGAAGAAACAUUGCAAAGACCCGCUCUAAGUGAAGAUGAAGUGUCUCAAAUUCUCCGCAAGAAGCUUGAAUCGGACAAGUUUAUUAUUGUGAGUUUCACUCUUGAUAUGUUGGGCGAAUGGAUUGGAUUAUGUGGUGACCAUGCGAUUUUGAACGUCAAUAUAAAGCCUGGCAAUGACUUGAAAACUUCCGAGACACGUUUCACAUUCUUCGUAAAACUUUUUCCCCGAGUGCCCUUCGUGAUUGAAUUUAUCGAAGGGACGGGUGCCUUCAAGAAGGAGAUUUUCAUGUACAAACUCUUCGCCGUAAUGGAAGAUGAAGAAAUCAAAACUUUGGACGAGUGCAUCCCCCGAUGUUAUUUCGCUUCGGAUAAGUACAUCGUGAUGGAUAACUUGAUAGAAAAGGGUUACAAAAGUCUAAAUAAACACGAAGUUUUCGAUUGGGAUUCGGUUAAAGUCGCUUUGGAAGCUCUAGCACGGCUGCACGCCUCAAGUCUGCUUUACGAAGAGAAGAAAUCGCGUCGAUUGACCGAUCUUUAUGAAUUUGCCGAAAGUUAUUACAACGACCGUGAGGAUUUCCCCUUGAAGAAGGAAAUCAACGCUGCAAUCACCGGUGUUUUGAACUCAAUUGAGCUCUUUAAUUUUCCCAAAAAGCUCAUUUCGGGGAAAGACUUUCGCACAGUCCUCUCGCAAGUCUGUCCUCAAGUUUACGAUUUGGUGAAACCUUCGAAAAAAUUCCGCAAUGUUGUGUGCCACGGUGAUAUUUGGGCCACAAAUGUUGUCAUCAAACACGACGAGAAUAAUAAACCUGUCAAAGGAAGAUUAGUGGAUUUUCAGUGUGCCAGAUAUGCGCCCCCAGCUCAGGAUGUGAUGUCUCUGAUACAUUUAACAACUUCGAGGGAGUUUAGAAAGAGGUUUAUGUAUAAUUUGAUUGGGAUUUACUACACCGAUUUGGAGAAACACGUGACACUUGGAGGGUACGAUAUGAAGAAGAUUAUUCCGUUCGAGGAGUUUUUAGCAAGUUGUGAGGAACAAAAACUGUUCGGGAUGAUCCAAGCGGCGACGUAUUUUCCCUUAAUUUUGUUGGAUGGUCAGACCGUGAAGGAGUAUUUCGGAGAUCAAGAGAAAAAUAAAAAAAGUUUGUUCGAAGAUAGGAGCGUCCUUGUUAGAGAGUAUAUGGACAAGGACGAAAAAUAUAAAAAUCGGAUUCGGGAUUCGAUUCAGGACCUUAAGGAUUAUUGUGAUUAUUUGUAGGAAAUAAAUUUAUUUCGACAAUUA